UCGCAAUGUAGUUCUGACCGUUAACUAAAGCGCCUGGCAACAGGGUGCAUCGCCAAUUGUGUGAUUUCUUGAGAAACGUCCUUCUUUAAGGGAAAGCGAUCCAAGUUCUGUUGGCGCUUACGUUUGAAAGAAAUAUUAUGUCCAGCCAUAAAGAUAUUAAUGACACCCGCUGCAAUGUGUGUGGACUGAUCCGUCCGUGUCCGUGUGAUGCGGAAAAAUCGAUACAUGAUAUCGGACACAGGGACAAGGGAGUUGACCAACCCAUCAUUAUUAUCAACCACAGAAGAAUGUCUAAAAGAAGGCACUCAUAUCCUGCACCAGGUUUGCACAGCCAUAACGAGGCGGGAGAGGCGCGUGGCCGCCCCUCAAAAGACCAGCAAUCAACCGUCGAGACCUUAACAAGGCAUGCUGACCUUCAAAGGACAUUGGCCGCGACACAGAAAAGCGGGAAAGCCUCGACGUUUCUUAAAGACAUAUUCGCUGCCAAUCCAGAUAACAAAAUGGCUCUGAAACUAUUCGGAAAUAAGGCAGCAGUUCUUAUAGAACAACGUCGACAAGCGCGGAAGGGCAAAGGCGUCAUUCACCCCUUCAGCACAUUUCGCUGGUAUUGGGACAUCUUACUGAUUAUGUUUAUCUCUAUGCAUGUUAUUCUUCUACCUGUUAGUAUCGCUUUCCUAAGCGACGAUCUCUCGCUACAUUGGCUCAUCCUCAACGGUAUCUCUGAUUGCAUUUUCCUCAUAGACAUUUUUUUAAAUUUUAAAACUGGUUUUAUUGAUCCCAACAAUAAUGAUGAAGUUAUUUUAGACAAAAAGAUUAUUCGCCGGAAGUACGUGCGUAGUUGGUUUGUCAUCGAUCUGGUUUCGUCACUUCCUUUUGACUACGCCUACUUUAUAGCUUCAUCCUCGUCCACACAGCAAACGCUGAUUAAGGCAUCGCGGGCUCUUCGUAUCCUCAAACUUGCUAAGUUGUUGAGUCUUCUCCGACUUCUUCGAGUCUCAAGAUUAGUGCGAUACAUCAAGAGAUUUGAGGAGUUGCUGAAUAUAUCUAGUGGUCAGAUUCGUAUCUUGAAGCUGAUUGGCUCCAUGCUGUUGUUGUCUCAUUGGAAUGGCUGUGUCCAGUUUCUUGUCCCGUAUCUGCUGGAAUUCCCAGAAAACAGCUGGGUCGUCAUCAAUGGAUUAGAGGACCAGCCCCCAGCCAUGCAGUAUAGCUGGGCGCUGUUCAAUGCCAUGUCCCAUAUGCUCUGUAUUGGCUACGGACGGUAUCCACCUCAGGCCAUCACUGAAUUGUGGAUCACGCUGUGCAGUAUGACCAUAGGCGCGACCUUCUAUGCAGUCUUCAUCGGCAUCAUGUCCAGUUUAAUAAUGUCUAUUGAUUCGUCAGGACGGCUUUACAACGAAAAGUUGAGUCAAGUGAAGGAGUAUAUGCGAUACCGGAAACUGCCGCUGCGCAUUCGUCUUAAAGUGGAGGACUAUUACGAACAUCGUUUCCACCACAAACUAUUUGAUGAGGAUAUGAUACUCAGCGAACUCUCCAAAGCACUGAGAGUGGAUAUUUUGGUUCACAACGUUAGCACAUUGCUUCAAACAGUACCCUUUUUCAGUAACGCCAGUAGUCAGUUCAUCGAGGAUAUCGUUGGCAAACUGCGAUUCGAGGUGUAUUUGACUGGUGAAUAUAUUUGUAAGAGUGGACGCAAAGGAGAUAAGAUGUACUUUAUUCAAAGGGGAAUUGUCGAUGUUCUGACAAAAGACGGCACUUUAGCCACCAGCCUCGGGGACGGUUCACACUUUGGGGAAAUAUGCCUUUUAACGCGAGAGGCACGCAGAGUAGCCUCUGUCCGAGCUGCGACUACCUGCAAUCUGUACUCGUUGUCCUCCCUACAUUUUCAUGAGGUACUUCAGGAGUAUCCAGAUAUGAAGCUCAUGCUGGAGGAGGUCGCAAAAGAGAGACUCAGUCGCAUAGGGCUUGAGCCGACCCUAAAUGAGCCGCUGACAAUGGAGAAAGAAACAGAGAGGGCACUAUUCAAAGCAGAGGAAGACUCCCAAACGAAAGCUCUUAAGCUUCAUCCCAUCCAAAAAGAACCGUCUACUUCCAAGAAGACUACUCCUCUUCCGCAGUGCAAAAAGGCUGUCACGGAAAAGGAGGUUACCACGGCUUCAGAUGCACCACAGGUUACCAAUGUAGUAGCUGUUCGAAAGCGUGCCGCGUCUUUACCAGCUGCGCCAAUGGAUACCCCUCCUUCACCUGGUUCAUGGGUUGCCUCUUCGUCUACCAACCAACAGCCUGAGGACACAUCUCCACCACGAACCGACAGCCCUUCGCCCAAGAACAAAGGGAAGAUUCCUCCAUUCCUAACAAAAGCGAUCUUUAACACUGUUGCACCGGGAUUGUCGCUUUUCGCGCAAACGCAGGAGCCUGGAUUGGACGUCGUUGUCGAGGAGUACAGUGACGAAGAAGACCCGGAUGUGAUCGCAAUCAUGGCAGACUUUUAAGAUUUGGAUAUUUGCACGUUUAUCUAUUCUAAUGGCGAGUUCCACAUAAUUUACGUGGAAUCUCGUUACUUUACAAAGGGACGUGUGGUGGGCCUCUUUUUAGCUCACGACAAACCUUUAAAUAAAGAUUAUUAAUUUUUCUGCAACACUUUAAUGUGUGAGUUCAAAUGUCUUUGCCAUAAAGCCUAUAAUGAAUUCACUUUACCUAUAACCUUAUCAACGUAUAUGUUUAAGAGUGAUUCGCUCAAAUAUUUUUAGUACCAUUAACCCUUAAAAAUAGGGCUUGGUUUUUUCCCCACGCUCCACUUCUUUAAAUACCCAAAACGGAUACUUCAAUUUUCUCCGUUACGCUUUGUAAUUUUAAGGCUUUAGUUUACUACUGUCCACUUUUUUUUGCACAAAAACUGUUAGUUUCAUUUCAUAGAGUUAAACACAUUUUUUGCUUUUCAAACAAACAAGAAUGAAUGAAAUGUUAACAAGUUUUCUUUUUGUAGCAUUGUCAUUUGAGUCUCCUUUUCAUUUACUCCAUCUUCUUACCGCGCAGAAAAUAGUCUCUCACUCAUCCCAGAUUUCGUUUUUUCGCUGAAAUAGCUUGUCUGUUCAUAGUUCCAUAACAUCAUUGAAGUCUCUAUGAGUGCUCCUCAAGUUUAAACUUAUCCCUAGUCUCCGUUAUUGAUAUUUGAAAGCGAGAGAGAGAUUGGAACGAGUCAGGGAGGUACGCGCGCGACCAAGAGUUCCAAAGGAAGGCGACCCAUCUCUCUCCGCGCGCCUAUCAAUAAAAGGAACUAAUGAGAGAUCACUGGGUACGAGUUCACUAAUAUAAAUGCGUUGAUAACUAGCUCUUUUUACAUUCCGUAUUUACAGUAAAAAGGUGUCAUAACUUAAUUACAUUAAUCAGCACUUAAAAGGCGGAACAAUAAAGAAUGAUGCAGAGGGAUGAGUUUAAGGGAGACGGCAACGCAUUACAU